GGUAGACAGGAGGGGUCCUAUUCACGUGACCCUCAAAAUGCCACUUUUAAGCCGGUUCACCCCGCCAUUUUGCCCACACAGAAACAGCUAUUCCGCGAACAGGCUCACGACAUGGCGGACGAAUCGAAAAUUGAUGACCCUGCUACGAGGCAGGAAGCUGCAGCAGAAGUCAUCAAAGAAGCAAAAGAAGCUCCGCCAACUGCGCAGGUCGACGACGAAGACGAGGAUGAAGCAGAAGACACAGUUGCGACUGGGAGCCCAGCCUCUGGCGCAGCAGCUAAGAAGAAAAAAUCGAAGAGGAAGCGCAUAAAGAAUGCCUUGACUGGCGGGUCUUCUGGAUCCUCUGAAGCUUCAGGGAGCUCCCAAUCCGAUAUCUCGAAGCUCAUGAACGGUCUGAGCAAGGACCAGUUAACAGAGCUCGUGAAGAUGAAUCCAGGCUUGGCACAACAACUCGGCGUAGGCACAGGAGGAGACUUGACAAUGACAAAAGAAGCUACGGCUGCGAUGAAGAAGAUGAGCUUAGAGGAGAUCAUGUCUGGGUUGGCCUCGAGUGGGAAGAAUGUCAAGGAUAUGGGACAAUACAAAUUCUGGGCGACGCAACCAGUGCCCAAAUUCGGAGAGAGCUCAGAGAAGAUUGUGGAGGGCCCCUUUAAGAUUAUCGAGCCCGAACAAGUACCUAAGGAUCCAGGACCAUUGGUGGAUGGCUUCGAGUGGGUGACCAUGGACCUGUUGCAAGAUGGGGAACUAGAAGAAGUGUUCCAAUUGCUGUCUGGACACUAUGUGGAAGACGAUGAGGCUAUGUUCAGGUUCAAUUAUUCGAAAUCCUUUCUCAAAUGGGCACUUCUUUCUCCAGGCUGGACGAAAGAUUGGCAUGUUGGCGUACGAGCCAGUGCAUCCCGCAAGCUCGUCGCAUUCAUUUCGGCCAUACCCGUCGCUUUACGUGUACGAAAGAAGGUUCUGAAGGCAUCCGAAGUCAACUUCCUCUGCAUACACAAGAAGCUUCGGGCUAAGAGACUGGCACCCGUACUCAUCAAGGAGAUCACAAGGAGAUGUUACCGUCUGGGAACUUGGCAAGCUAUUUAUACUGGCGGUGUCGUGUUGCCAAAGCCAGUCAGCACAUGCAGAUACUUCCACAGAUCAAUUGACUGGCAGAAGCUGUACGAAGUUGGCUUCAGUCCACUUCCGCCGAACAGCAAACCUCAGUAUCAAGUUCGAAAAUAUGCUCUCCCAGACCAUACAGCAACCAAGAACCUCCGAGCUAUGGAGGAAAAAGACAUCGAUGGUGUACUUGAGUUAUUGAAGUCGUAUUUGGCAAGAUUCGAAAUGGCACCUAUCUUCACCAGAGAUGAGGUUGAGCAUUGGCUCCUCUAUAAAAAGGAUUCAACAGACGAGCAGGUCAUCUGGUCCUAUGUCGUUGAGGAUCCCGCCACGAACAAGAUCACUGAUUUCUUCUCAUUCUACUGCCUCGAAUCGUCAGUAAUCAACAACUCGGCUCACAAACUCGUCCGCGCCGCUUACCUCUUCUACUACGCGACCACGGCCUGCCCAUCUCUUACACCCUCAUCCACCCGUACCGACCUCUCCAAGCGUCUGAACGAGUUAGUGAACGAUGCUCUGAUUCUUGCUAAGAAAUACAAAUUCGACGUCUUCAAUGCCCUCACAUUGCUGGACAACAAUCUAUUUCUGGAGCAGCAGAAGUUUGGAGCUGGAGAUGGGCAACUGCAUUAUUAUUUGUACAAUUAUAAUGCGAAUCCGAUCGCUGGAGGCGUGAAUGCGAGAAAUCAAAUCGAUGAGAGCGGAAGUGGGAUUGGAGUAGUCAUGUUGUAGGCGGAUGCGGAAAAAGAGAUCCGAAAGGAGAAGUGAGAGAAUGUUGCAUAUGGUGGCGUUGUAUGGGUUUUGUUGAUAGGAUGCAUAUACCAAGCGAUGCCUAUAGUCUCACACCUGUGCUCUGUCAUUGUACUGUGAUUAGUGAGUUUGUUGGGCACGGUGGCCCCAAUUGGGUGUCUAACCUUGGACCCGACAAUUCUAGUCGAUUCUUAAUAAACAAAGUUGGUCCAUAUAACAUAUAAAACGUCUCGUACAUAUCCUGUGUGCGCUUCAGACAUUAAAGGUGAAGAAAGAGCGCUCAC